ACCGACCGAGGACCCUCCCCUCUGCUUUAAAAGCUGUGCCCGUCCACACAGAACCAGCUCACCUCUGCUGGGUUUGGCUUAAUCAUCAUCACUCGGUUGGAGUUAGGUGUGGGAUUGAUCUACAGGAGGAGAGCUCUUUACCAAAAACAGAAAAAAAAACAGGCUUCUCUUGAGGUGUGUCCUUGUCCGAGGUCCUUAUGAGGGCUCUGUGCGUUGGAGCGGCAGCUCUGUCUCUGGUGCUGCUGCAGCUGGCGCUCACUGUCACAGCUCAGGGGGUUGUUUACGACCUGUUGGUUUCUCCGGACUGCCUGCCAGACUUGCUUCAAGGAAGCCUAAAGAACAAAGGGCGGGAUGAAGCAUUCCUCCUCUUGUCCUUCAGGCUCCACAAUAAGGCCCCCACCUCUCUGUUCAGUGUGGUCAACCCCAAAGACAACACCAAGUACAUGGAGCUCAGUGUGCAAGCCAAGCUGAGCAAAGUGACUCUUCGUUACCAGAAGCUGGACGGCAGAUUCGGGACCACCAGUUUUAACCACAUGGCCUUGGCCGAUGGGCGGGAGCACCACGUCAUGCUGCACGCCAGCGGCCUGCAGCGCGGCCCGCCUCGCCUCAACAUCUACGUGGACUGCAGACUGGUUCACAGUUUGAACGAUCUGCCGGCUGCAUUUGGGUCACUCCCUCCUGGUUCCAACAAGGUGGCCCUGAGGACCCUGCAGUCAAACGGACAGGAUGAACUGACAGACUUGAAGCUGGUUAUAGAGGACACCAUAGACAAUGUGGCCACUCUGCAGGACUGCAACCUGGACCCGCCUGAGUCUCUGCACCUGCUGGGUUUCCAGGGAGGCAGGGUGGUGCAAGAUCACGCCACCAUGCUAGAACUGAAGACCAUGUUGUCUGAGAUGAGGGAGCUGCUCCUUAAGCAGAUUAAAGAGACAAAUUUUCUGAGAAAUACCAUCGCUGAGUGUCUGGCCUGUGGACUUGGAGGCAGUCCCACCAACACAGGCCCUGUGCCAAGUCCUGGGCAGAUUUUCUUGGAGCCUCAUCAUCUAAGUCAGUGUCCACCUGGAACCUGUUUCAGACAGAACAUGUGUAUCCGCUCAGAGUCAGGAGGCUUCCAGUGUGCUCCCUGUCCUGAUGGAUUCACGGGAGAUGGAGUUCACUGUGAUGAUGUAGAUGAGUGCCAGUUUAAUCCUUGUUUCCCUGGUGUCCGCUGUGUGAACACUGCUCCUGGCUUCCGCUGUGAGAAAUGCCCUUUCGGAUACACUGGGCCAGAGAUAAAUGGAGUGGGAGUGUCUUACGCUAAGAGCCAUAAACAGGUGUGCGAGGAUUUAGAUGAGUGUCUGGGCCCACCAGAGAACGGAGGUUGCACACCCAAUUCACACUGCUACAACAGCAUAGGCUCCUUCCGCUGUGGAGAGUGUAAGGCUGGCUUCACAGGCGACCAGGUGAGAGGCUGCCAUGGCACCAGGCUUUGCCCCAAUGGUCAGCCCAACCCUUGUGACAUAAAUGGCGAGUGCAUCGUGGAAAGAGAUGGCAGCAUUAGUUGUGUGUGUGGCGUUGGUUGGGCUGGUAACGGUUAUGUGUGUGGGAAAGACACAGAUAUUGACGCUUACCCCGACAAUAAGCUCCAGUGCAGAGACAGCAAAUGUAUGAAGGACAACUGUGUGUUUGUGCCGAACUCCGGCCAGGAGGAUGCAGACAGGGAUGGGAUUGGUGACGCCUGUGAUGAGGAUGCAGACAGCGACGGCAUUGGUAACAUAGAUGAUAACUGCUGGCUGGUUCCUAAUGUCGACCAGAAGAACACCGACAAGGAUCUACAUGGAGACGCGUGUGACAACUGCAAGAGAGUGGACAACCCAUCACAGAGGGACACAGACCAAGACGGUCUGGGAGACGACUGUGAUGAUGACAUGGAUGGGGACGGCUUGAAAAAUUUCCUUGAUAACUGCCAGCGUGUCCCCAAUCCGGACCAGAGAGACAGAGACGGGGACGGGGUGGGGGAUGCCUGUGACAGCUGUCCCGACAUGGCCAACCCCAACCAGGCUGACUCGGAUGAUGACCUCGUAGGGGACACGUGCGAUGACAACAUAGACAGUGAUGGAGACGGCCACCAAAACACAAAGGACAACUGUCCCAGUGUCAUCAACUCCUCUCAGCUGGACACCGACAAGGAUGGAAUGGGAGAUGAAUGUGAUGAGGAUGAUGAUAAUGAUGGCAUUUUGGAUGAAGAUGACAACUGCAGAUUGGUUCCCAACCCGGAUCAAAAGGACUCUGACUCGAACAAAGUUGGAGAUGCUUGUGAAGGAGAUUUUGACAAAGACAACGUGAUCGACAUCAUCGACCACUGCCCAGAGAACGCUGAGGUCACCCUGACUGACUUCAGAGCCUAUCAGACGGUGGUGCUGGACCCUGAGGGGGACUCACAAAUUGACCCCAACUGGGUGGUGCUCAACCAGGGAAUGGAGAUAGUACAGACUAUGAACUCUGACCCUGGCCUAGCUGUAGGCUAUAAAGCGUUCAGUGGUGUUGACUUUGAGGGAACAUUCCACGUGAACACAGUCACAGACGAUGACUACGCAGGCUUUAUAUUUGGCUACCAGGACUCCUCGUCUUUCUAUGUGGUGAUGUGGAAACAGACAGAACAAACCUACUGGCAGGCCGCUCCCUUUAGAGCCGUUGCCGAACCAGGAAUACAACUUAAGGUGGUGAAGUCUAAGACAGGUCCUGGUGAGUACAUGAGAAACUCCCUGUGGCACACAGGAAACACAACCGACCAGGUGGGUCUCCUGUGGAAAGACCCCAGAAAUGUUGGCUGGAAGGACAAGGUUUCCUACCGCUGGUUCCUCCAGCACAGACCACAGGUUGGAUACAUCAGGGCUCGGUUUUACGAGGGUUCAAAUCUCGUGGCGGACACGGGGGUGAUAAUUGACACCAGUAUGAGAGGUGGGCGGCUGGGUGUGUUCUGCUUCUCUCAGGAAAAUAUAAUCUGGUCCAAUCUGAAGUAUCGCUGCAACGACACCAUCCCUGCUGAUUACCAGGAGCUGCUGAGAGCAGAGUGA